CAGCGCCCCCAAGCGACAAAAAUGCUAGCCGGCCAUGAUGUGAUUGACUUCAGCUGAUGAAUCCGUGGUGCACGUAAAGCUAGCUAGAGUGACUGAUGAGAGAUGGCCAACGCUGCACAGACAGUCGACUCCCUUUUGGCCUCCCUUGUAGGCAUGGGCUUUGAGUUGGAUCGUUGCCAAGCAGCAGUGAAUUGUGGGAAACUCACCGUUAACGACGCUGUGGAGUGGUUACUGCAGGGUCACGGUGCUGAAGAUACAAUCCCAUCACGUUCAGCACCCACACUGAGUCUCAAUCAACCAUCUCAGGCCGGACCAGCAACCCAAUCUAGCGAUGCCAGCUACCUUCCCUUCAGCUUACCGCCCGUAUCAGCCCCAUCAUCAGACCCUCCAGGAGACUCCCAUCAAGGUCUCACACAUCCCGCCGUCCCACCGACGUCAGACGAGAGCAGGUUUCAGCAGCAGGACGUCGUGAGUCGGUUCUCCCUGUCGGAGAAGAAGAGACAGGACAAAGAGAGAUGGGAGAAGGAGCAGAGAGAAAAGGCUGCCGUGGAAGCUCGGCAGGCCAGACUGCAGGCGAAACAGGCGAGGAGUAACAUCUUAAAGAACAUCGAAGCCGAUAAGGAGGCCAGACACCAGCAUGGCAAGCUACCAACAAGCCUCCAGCCUGAGACCUCCGUGGGGACAACUCCCCCUACUCAGCCUGCCGCUACUGCCGCGGAACCUCCUGGGGGCGCUAAAAUGGAGGCAUCCCAACGGGCGACGGCUUCUCAAGAGUCUAAGCCAAUGCCCAGCGCUCCAACCAUGUGCAUGCUCCAGGUCCGAUUACCUUCAGGGCAGAGCAUGCGAGAGAAGUUCCCUUCUACUGCCACUCUCCAAACUGUGGUGGAUUUCAUCAAGAGUCAACACUCGGACCUGAUUCACAUUAAUCUCAUACAGCCGUUUCCGCACAGGUCAUUCACCUCCAGAGAGCUGGACUCAACGUUAGAAGAACUCAAGCUGACGCCAACUGGCAACCUGGUUGUAAAGCUGGGAACAGCAGAGCCCGCUGCAUUGCAACAAGAAGCCCAAAGCCUGCCUGCCGCGUCACCUGACCGAGAGAGCCAACCCCAGCCAACCAAUCAGCAGCAACCGCCUCCCUCCCUGUCUCAACUCCUCCCACACCAUCCCCCGCCCCCUGCCCCGCCUCACCACCGAUCCCAAUCAAGCCAUCACAGCUGGGGGCAUGGCCAAGCCCUGAGCCCCGGUGACGACAGCAGUCCAGCCAAUGAGGAGCAGGAGGAGGAGCCUAUGGAAGUAGGCGGGGCCAGAGUGGACUUUGAUGACUUAGGAGGAGCCAUGGAUGAUGAAGAGAUGAUGGGUGUGGACGAGGCAGGAGUGGGAGGGGCUGAGGAAGCCAUGCUUUGGGGUGGCCCCGCCCCCCAUCCACAUCCCAUGGGAGCAGCAGGGAGAGCACACCACGACUGGGGUGACGGCAAUCGUCUCAUCGAUGGCAGACGACCUUUGAACUUCAACUACGGAUUUGGCCAGCAGGGAGAACAGGGUGACGUGGAGGAGGCACCCAGCCCACAGAGAGCAGCUGCAGCAGCAUUGUCGCGUUUGGCGGCUGCAGCUCUCUCCCAAGCCCAGAGCCCGACCAGCCCCACCGACAAGCCCAUCACAGCCCUGCAGGACCUGUGCCUGCGCUGCGUCAGUAAACGAAUCGAAGGACGCACCCGGCAGCCUGUCACAAUGCUGGAGGCGCUGCCCCCGCACCUCGCGAGCCGACUGGUGGAAGAGCUGAAGAAGGCCGGGGUGCUCAGACCGAAGACGCUGAAUUUGUUCUUGCCCUGUCAUCUGCAAUAUUUGACGUUAGACUGCUACAAGUACACCACCAACGAGUUGCUGCAAGCGGCAAGGCUCCACGUCCACAUCAGUAGGCUGAGUCUCAGUGCUUGCCCGCUACUCACUGAUCAGGCCUUCCUCUCCAUCAACAGUCUGAAGAAGCUUCAGUAUCUGAACGUAAGCAAUAACAAACAACUCACAGAUGGUAUUCUAUACUCAAUCAAAGAUUUGUCAAACCUGGUGACGUUAGCAUUGGAGGAGACUUCGGUGAGUGAUGAAGGAGUCAAGGUGCUAGCCUCAUCACCAUCAAUGAGUCAACUAACACAUCUCAGUCUCAACAGAACAAACGUGUCAGACAGCAUGCUUCCUUUCCUCACAGUUUUCACAAAUUUGAGAAGCCUUGGCCUGGAGCAGACAAAGGUAUCCCAACUGGACGGUAUUGAGGCCCUUGUCAGUCUGCGUUCUCUCAACAUUGCCAGGAACCGCAUCACCCUUCAGGCUCUGGACCGACUGAGUCGACUGCCUGAACUCACGGCUCUCAACGUGAUGCUGAUAGAAGGCAUGACUGGAGAUGAUGUACUGCACCAUCUGCAAGGCCUGGAACUAAAGCAGCUUCAGAUGCCAGACAGACACACGACAACCAACAUGGGCUUGUGCUGCAUUGCUGGCAUGCCGCUGGUCGCAUUGGAUCUGACUGACUACAUUCACAUUACAGAUCAAGGCAUCCAUCACAUCGCUGAUAUGACCAGUCUGACCAAGUUGUCUCUCAACAAUACCAAGAUCACGGACGUGGCUCUGGAAUAUAUCAAAGGGUUGGUUGAGUUGAAGGAGCUUCAUUUGGACCGUACAGCCGUCACGGACCAUGGAGCUAUGGCCAUCGGCAGCUUCAGAAAGCUGGAGGUGCUCAGCAUGGCAGCCACACAGAUUAAGAAUAGGUUUCUUCGUUCUGAGACUCUGAAUAAGUGUGAGCAUCUGACAAGACUGAACCUGAGCAAAACUGAUGUGUCUAACAGAGGCAUUGAGGCCGUGCAGUUGCCCCACCUGUCCCUCCUGAAUCUGGACUCUACCUGUGUCACAGUGGAAGGUGCCAAUCGCAUGCACGGCUGCCCUAGCCUCAAGCUGGUUCGUACCAAUAACCUGCGAGUCAAUAGGGGUGAAGAUGAUGAUGAUGACUAAAAAAAACCAACAUUUUAUUUGCUUUCCAACCCUAUCUGUUCAAGGAUGCAAUUGAAUGUUAAACAGAGUGGUGGUUUAUCAAGGACAGUCGGUUAAUUUGUUAAUGUUACUUAACCACUUCGCACCAGGAUUAUUUUGACAUUGACCGGAUCAAGACGCGGGAUUGUUUUUCACAAACCUCGAUGCCAGACAGGUUCAGGCCGUCAUCUGCGGGUAGCACACCCAGAUAUUUCCGGCCUCGCUCGCUGUGAGCGGGACGCAGACAGAUAUUUCCGGCCUCGCUCGUUGCAUGUUUAUCUGUUCCGAAAACCACAAAACCUUUGCGUGUAAAUGAAGGCCUCUGUGGUGUCCACAUGUAACUUGCGUAACAUUUUGAUACAGAGAUUGUCAAAAGAGGUCCAUAUAAGAUCGUCACAGGAAUAUAAUUUUUAAUGGAUGAAUUUCCAUCUGGGGUACUUACUGUGAGACACUGUUGUCAUAAAAUCUUCAAUUGAUCUGCUACUAAAAUGGUUUAACAGCUAAAUCUCUCA